UGAAAAGUUCUGUCAGUUGUGCAUCUGUCAGCUGAUGGUUGCCCUGUUAUUAUUUUUUUUAAUUCAAAUAAAUUCGAAAGAAACCGGCAAUGAAAUUCAAAUGAAAUUAUUAGCUUUGGUUCUAAGCUUUUUAUAUAAUGGCAAAAAUGUUUAGCAAGUUUCAAAUGAACUUCCUAUAAUUACAUACAAUUAUGAUUUUCACAAAUUAGGUAUUUCCUGUGCCAGAAAAGGCCUUAUGAUAUAUAACUCUCUUGAUACCAAAGAUGGAAGAUGAAAGAUCCCUUGGAGACACUGGAUACAAAAGCUUUUCUUCAGACAAUUUGCAUAAUCCUUCUUAUGGCACUACAAGUAGCUCAUAUCCCCCUAUUGAAGAGAUGGGGAGUAGAUCCAGUUUAGCUAGAGAUGUGAGGGAUGAUACGACAGGCUUUGAUCACUGGGAAAUGAAUUACCAUGAAGCAGCUAUAUUUCUAGAAGAAGGAGAAAAUAAUGAAAAAUUCGAUUCUCACCCCAGACAUCCAUCUGCAUUGCCUGCUUAUCUGCUUGUUCAUAAUUCAUGGUAUUAUGGGUUAGACUUGGCUUCUUCUCUGGUUCUUUUAUCUCUUGCACUGACAGAAAAACCUUCUAUUGAUAAGUUGAAGUUACCUGUUGGAAUACAUGGUACUCUAGAAUUAUUAGCUCUUGGAGUUAUUGGAAUUGAGUUAGCAUUAAAGUUGAGAUGGAUAGGGUGGGGAACCAUAUUGAAGCAUAAAAGGACUAUGGUCAAAUGUGUUACUCUAGUCAUAAUGGUAAUGGAAGCUCUAGUGGUCCUUGUAAGACAAUCUUCCCAUUUUCGAAUCACUAGAGCGUUACGACCCAUAUUUUUGGUUGACACUCGAGCAUGUGGAGCUGUAAGAAGAUUUAUAAGACAAAUUUUGCAGUCCCUUCCACCAAUAUUGGAUAUGUUGGUACUACUUCUGUUUUUUGUAUGCAGCUAUGCCCUUCUGGGUUAUUAUUUGUUUAGUCAGCAUACAACUAAUCUCUAUUUCAGGACCCUUCCUGACAGUUUUGUCAGUAUGUUUGUUCUUUUGACUACAGCAAAUUUUCCUGAUGUGAUGAUGCCAUCUUAUGCAAUAUCGAAGUGGAGUGCUUUAUUCUUUAUAUCUUAUAUAUCGACAGUACUCUAUGUGCUUAUGAACUUGAUGCUUGCUGUGGUUUAUGAAACUUUUACUGGAAUUGAAAGAGACAAAUUCAGAAAACUUCUUUUACACAAAAGAAAAGCAUGUCAGUUAGCCUUCCGAUUAUUAGUCAGUAAACAAUCUCCAAAUACUAUAAAAUUUAAACAAUUUCAAGGAUUGAUGAGAUACUAUUCACCUAGAACAAGUCUUAGAAAUAUAAUACUCAUGUUUCACCUCUUGAAUAUCUCUGGAACUGGUUCUUUGACUGAGGAUGAGUUUUUACAUAUUUAUGAUGCACUAAGUGUCAAGUGGAGGUUGAGAGAACCUCUAGAUCCUUGGUUUUCUUCAGCUUGGCCCCCUUUAAGAGUUUUCUAUAAUAUAUCUAGAAGAAUUGUCAUGUGGAAAUACUUUGAGCACAUAAUUUACACUUUAAUACUCAGUAAUGGUGUGGCCAUGUUUGUUAGAAUUAUGGAGCAUACAGAUAAUCUUCAGAAGAGUGCACAAAUGUUUGCUGCUUCUUGGGAUACCUUCUUAUUUUUAACUUUAUUCCUAUUGGAAGCUCUUCUUAAAGUGAUAGCUAUAGGCUGGAAUGAAUAUGUCGCAUCUGGCUGGAACGUCUUUGACAUGAUAGUAACCCUGGCAGCUUUAAUGGGGGCAAUUCUGCUUUAUUUGAAUCCUUAUCUGACGCUUGUUGUUAUCCUGAGACCACUGAGGCUCUUACGGUUGUUCAAACUGAAGAAAAGAUACAGAGAUAUUUUUGGAACCUUAGUGCUGCUCUCACCUUUAAUGUGGUCAACUACGGUUGUUAUGUUGGUUAUGUAUUAUUUCUUUUCAAUAAUAGGAAUGGAAUUCUUUGCACCUUAUGAUUUGAGGAACUGCUGUGUGAAUACAACCGUUGAAGAUUUUUAUAAGUUCAGCACAAACACUACCAGUCCUUUGGGUUACUAUUACUUGAAUAAUUUUUCUGAUCUCCUUUCUUCAGCAGUGACUCUGUUCGAACUUACGGUUGUGAACAAUUGGUUUAUUGUGAUGGAUGCCUAUGCUUCAGUAACUAACCCAUAUUCAAGACUUUUUUUCAUGUUAUUCUAUCUAUUCACCAUGGUUGUUUUGACGAUUGUUGUGGCUUCAGUUUUGGAAGCCUUCAGGUUCAGAAUUCAGUACAAGAAGCAGACAACAAAGAGAGAUGAGGAACAAAUGUUACAUGAAGAAGUUUCAAUCGAUUGGAAUGUUUUACAACGUGAAAUUAAUGAUGUACGAAUAAUGGAAACAUUACAAAUCGAUUUUACACCAAGAGGAACAACAUACUAUCUUGGAAGACGACGGCGUACUAGAGAAGUUCUCCAACGUCAUAUGUAUAGUUCAGAAAUAACCCUUUGGUUGAAUGAGAUUAAGGAAGAAGAAAAUCCCAAUAAAUUGCAUGAAAUUGUGAAUGAAUCCCAAAUUAAUCCUAGGUUAGUUGAUUCAUAGCUUUAAUAGUAAACAGUAUUGAGUAUUUAUUUAAAUCAUAUUUAUUUAAUUUAAUUUGAAGAGAUUAUACUAACUUUAAAAAUAGGUGAAUAAAAUAUUAGUGGAAGUGAUAGUUGAAACUCUAGAACGCACAAUAAUAGUAAAGUUAAAUUCAAAUAAUUAAUUCGGUUCAUGAAAUACUAAAUGUAUUAUACAAUUCUAAGUCAAAACUGCUAAUUAUUUAUGAUUUAAUUAUGAAGUAACGAAAGUAUUAUAUUUUUACCUGCUUUUAUUUAUAAGAAUUAUUUUGUUUUUGUAUAUCUAUAUAUUAUAUAUUUAUUAACAAUGAAAUAAAUAUUUGUGAUUAUCA